UUAAGUUGGUUGUUUUUCUGCGGUCAGACCAAACAGGCAAAAAGCCGAAGAUGAUGAAAAUGGCAGCGAUCUUUUGUUUGCUGUGUCUGGUUGCGUUCAUACGACCAGGAAUCUCACAAAACAUCGAAUACAAGAUAACUGUAAAAACUGGUGAUGUAAAAAAUGCCGGCACCGACGCUUCUGUUUUCAUAACCAUUUUUGGCUCUAGAGGAACGACAGGAAGACAUUACUUACGCGGCAGCUUUGAAAGAAGAGACGUGGACACUUUUCAGGUGAAUGACAAAAAUGUCGGACGGAUUCGUUUUAUUGAGAUUGGACAUGACAACGGGGGUAAUAAGCCUGGUUGGUACCUGGAUUAUGUUACAAUAGAUCAGCCAGUAGCCGCUGUAAAUGACAACGACAUUGGCUCUGGUUCCACCCAUUACCUGUUCAGCUUCAAUAACUGGAUCGCUGCUGACGAGGGGGACAAGUCAUUAGUCAAGAACAUUUAUGUUACGCGGGCUAAUGUUCACAGAGGUUGAUGUUUUCAAGAUGAAGAUUACACUGAUUUCAAUUAUAUGAUGAGAACUGUUAACGAAAUGCUGUUUCAAAAAGUAAAGUCAAAUAAAUUUAUUGAACAUUC